AUGACGGCUCUCUCCGAGCGGGAAAAGCCUCCUUCUUCGGCUUGGAAGGCGCCCCCCCUCCCCACCGCCGGGUCCCUCUCCCCGAGGACCGGGGGGGGGCUUCCCGGGGAUCCUGCCUCGGCCUUGCCCCCGCUGGCUUUGCUGGAAAGCCGAGCGCCCCUUUCGCCGCUUCUGGGGAGCUUGGGGCUUCUUCUCUUCCGCCCCCCCUCCCGCGAGGAUCCGGAUCCUGCCUCCUCGCGAGUAACGCUUCAGCAAGUGGACAGGUCCCCUGCUGACUACCCUCUUUCUCAUUUGAAUGAGAUACAAUAUGAAGUUGGUGCUCUGGUUUUUGAUAUUGGCUCCUAUACAGUCAGAGCUGGGUAUGCAGGGGAGGACUGCCCGAAGGUUGACUUUCCUACUGCAAUUGGUGUGGUACUGGACCGGGAUGAUGGAAGUUCUAUGAUGGAGAUUGAUGGCGACAAAAGCAAACAAGGGGGUCCAACUUACUACAUAGACACAAAUACGUUGCGAGUUCCAAGGGAGAACAUGGAAGCUAUUUUACCCUUGAAAAAUGGAAUGAUUGAAGACUGGGAUAGCUUCCAGGCCAUUUUAGAUCACACCUACAAAAUGCACAUUAAAUCUGAAGCUGCCUUGCAUCCUGUCCUCAUGUCAGAAGCACCAUGGAAUACCAGAGCAAAGCGUGAGAAGCUGACAGAACUGAUGUUUGAACAUUACAACAUUCCAGCUUUCUUCCUGAGCAAAACUGCAGUGCUUACAGCCUUUGCUAAUGGCAGAUCCACGGGCUUGAUCCUAGAUAGUGGAGCAACACACACCACCGCAAUUCCGGUACACGAUGGGUACGUGCUCCAGCAAGGGAUUGUGAAAUCACCUCUGGCUGGUGACUUUAUUACAAUGCAGUGCAGGGAGCUGUUUCAGGAAAUGAACAUUGAAAUAAUCCCUCCGUAUAUGAUUGCAUCCAAGGAGCCAGUUCGUGAGGGUUCUCCAGCCAACUGGAAGAGGAAAGAGAAACUGCCUCCAGUCACAAGGACUUGGCACAACUAUAUGUGUAAUGUGAGUGUGAAGGAUUUCUCUUAGCUGUGUUCUAAAAUGAGUCCUUCUGCAUCUAGGGUGGCCGCACAGAUGCCAACCGUACAUUAUGAGUUCCCAAACGGCUACAACUGCGACUUUGGGGCUGAGCGGCUAAAAAUUCCUGAAGGCUUGUUCGAUCCUUCCAAUGUAAAGGGUUUAUCUGGCAACACAAUGCUUGGCGUGAGUCACUUGGUCACCACAAGUGUCGGAAUGUGUGAUAUAGACAUCAGGCCGGGCCUCUAUGGAAGUGUGAUUGUCGCCGGAGGCAAUACGCUACUCCAGAGCUUCACAGACAGGCUGAAUAGAGAACUUUCCCAGAAAACUCCUCCUAGCAUGCGGUUGAAACUGAUAGCCAACAAUACAACAGUAGAGCGAAGGUUUAGUUCCUGGAUCGGAGGAUCCAUUUUGGCUUCUCUGGGUACCUUCCAACAGAUGUGGAUCUCCAAGCAAGAGUAUGAAGAAGGAGGGAAGCAGUGUGUGGAAAGAAAGUGCCCAUAAACGUCCUGCUUCAAGAGGCGAUGUUCCCCAGUGCUUUUAAUAUUUGAUAGCUUUAGCAUACUCAGGAAUGGAAUUCUCUCUUUUGUAGAAGUGUAUACUUUGUGCAUUCUCUCAUUUCAUUUUUUUAACAGACCAUAGGUAUUAUUUUAAAAGUCAACACUGUGUCUGUCAAACGGAUGCCCACAUCCUUUGUAAAUGCAAUAACUCUUAUACAGACUUUUUAUAAUUUUUGUAUAAAUAUCUAUUUUCUGCAAGAAAAGGUCUUUUUCUCCUGGAAACGAAGCUAUGGAUUAUGGAUGUAAUUUCUUGCCUUUCAGUGACAUUUUAAAGAAAUGUGUCUUCUUUCAAACUAGUCUUCCUUGUUACAUUGACUUUAAUAAAUUUCUCUAGUUUGUUUUAAA